GAGUAUAGACGUAAAGACGUAACCUGAAGGACGCAAUCAAACAUGGCGGCCUCCUUGCUGAGCAGGAGGGGAGUCGCGCUGUUAGGUUUUUCUAGUGUAAAAUCUUUUAUCCCAGUUGUUUCUGGGAGUAAUGUCAUACAGUUUAUAGCUGGUUAUAACCCCAGACCUCUCAGACUGAAUUUAAAGGAGGCUUAUAUUCCGGACAGACACAGUGACAAGACCCCGGAGUGGCAGAAGACUGAUAAAUAUGAGCGCAAGCUUUUUGCACGGUAUGGUUUUGUCUCUGGUGUGGAUCCGGUUAAACUGUGGCCCACUGCAGCCCAGCUGGAGGAAUUAAUCCAGGAAGAAAAGCAGUGGCAACCCCAGCUUGAAGAAAUGCUAAAAAACAUCGCGGCAAAGAAGAAAGAACGGGCGGAUAAACAGCUAGCGAGAGAGAAGUUGAUUGCGGAAAAAAUGGCUAAAAUGCCCAAGAUGAUAGCAGACUGGAGGAAGGAGAAGCAGGAAGCAAAGAGGAAGCUGAAAGAAGACAAGGCCAAAAAGGAGCGGCUUCUGGCUGAGGCUCGGGAGCGUUUCGGCUACACGCUGGACCCACGCAGCUCCAAGUUCCAGGAGAUGCUCGCAGAGAUCGAAAAGGAGGAGAAGAAGAAGAGGAAGCUGCUGAAACGUCAAAAGCGAGAAGAGGACCAGGGGUCGACUCCUUCUGCAGCACCUGCUGAAGCCUCAUAGACUUUGGCUGAGGAAACACGGACUGCUGUAUAUACUGAAAUUGUAGUAACACGUUUUACCAUCGCAAUGCAUUUUGAAAAACUCACUUCUCAUGUCAUUAAAAGAACUGUAAUUAAAAUGUAAAACUUGAAUAUUA